ACGAAAGCCCGCUCCUUUUCCCUGUUUCCGCCAUGAUUUCCCCCGCUGGAAUCUGUAGUCCGUGAGGAAUUCUUUUUAUCUUUCGCUGAAUUUAGGGGAAAAAUCGAUCUUUUAAGGGGUUUUCUUUUCUUUUUCUUGUUUUCGUCGGCUUUCCCCAUCUUGGUAUUUAUAAAGGAGAAAUAUUUGUUGUUUUUGCCUUCUUGAACAGUACAUUGGAGUCUGGCGCCCUCGAAGAAUGCGGGUUUUUUCGCAGAUUUUUGGAUAAAAAACCCAUAUUUCUUGUUUUUUUUUUGUUCUUUUUCCUGGCUUUAGUCGGCUUUCCCUAUCCUGGAAUCGUUAAAGGAGGGGUUUUUCUUAUGUAGUAGUCUGGGAUGCGGGAUUUUAUUUGGAUUUGGGGAGAAAUAGGGUUAUAUUUCUUGUUGGGGAUUUGUCAUUUGGGUUCUUGAAAGGAAGGAGCGUAGGGAUGUGGGCCUUCGUUUGAUGGAGGUAAGAGUACUGGAUUUCAUGCCGUUUUGUCGGAAAUAGGCCUUUGAUUUGUUUCUUUCGGUGCUGGGGUGACAAAAUAGGGAUCUUGGUGAAGAGGGGCCAUAUCUAAAUCUCCCCUUACCUCCUCUUUCGACAGUUAUUCUUCACAGAGGAGGUAGCAAUGGGACUGUAGUCUUCUCGUUUUAGCUGUUUUUCAUGCUAUUGCUAUUGCUCUUGUUCUUGCUCUUGGAUUCUGGUUUGCGUGUUAGUUUUGCAUAGAGAUACGGUUUUGUUCUCAAGAUUUUCUUUGGGAGAAGAAAUGUUAGAAAAGGGACUGGCAUGGAACUUCACUGCUACUUAUAUAAAGAAUAUAUUAUCAGAUUUUGUUGUUAAACCUGGGAAUUAAUCUGUUAAAUCUUUGAUUUGAUGUUGCUUGUGAUCUUUUUUCUCCAAGAUUUUGCUUUGAGGAUUCUUGAUUGUUACCAGAAGUUAAAGGUCGGAUUUUUCGUGUGGUUUCUACUCUUUUGUUUGAGAAUCUUCACGAGGGUGAACUGCAUGAAGCCUGUGCCUCGAAUCUCUGGAAUUUUGAAGUAAGAUGUCCCUGCUUGCAUUUAUAUGCUGAAGGAACGUCUGGUUGGACCUGGGUUCUUUUAAACCUAAAAUUUUUUAGGGUGAGACAUUAAGUUAUAUGAUUCGGUAUGGUUCCAUUUGGGUAGCACUUUGCAGGAGCUGGACGUGAAUAUGUUGGUGGGGACAUGCUCCGGGCAAGUGAAGCUGAUAUUACUGCUCUUCUUCUGGUCUUGGUUGUGCUCCCUUUGGUCACUUACAUUUUACUUGGAAUAUGGAACGAGACUUCGAAAAAGAAGGCCAGGAUAAGUAUGCUUGCUCAGCUUGCUGCUGAGGAAGCUCUCAGAAUUGAAGCAAUGGCAACUGCUGAUGUUAUACCAGCUGGUUCUUCUUUAAAAACUGGCUUCCAUGAGUGUGCCAGAUGCUUUGCUCCUGCUACAACUCGCUGCUCCAGAUGCAAGUCUGUCAGAUACUGUUCUGGAAAGUGUCAAAUAAUACACUGGAGGCUGGGGCACAAGCAAGAAUGUCAGCAAUGGCAAGAUACCAGCUCCAAUGAUUCUGGUGACCUUUCUCUUACAGAAGCACUUCAACAGAAUUCUCAUUUUGAUGGCCUCAAAUCAUCAGUCCUUGGAAGUGAUUUUGAAGAGUCCCUUCAUGGUGAUCUUCUUGGUAAUGUAUCGAGUGAUCCUUGUGUUAUGAAAAUUGAUGCAUCUCAAGAUCCAGCUGCAGGAAGAAAGCUGUCAGACAAGCGAGCCCUUAAUAGAACAAAAAGAGUUUUAUUUAAAAGUGAUGAAAGUGCUGCAUGUGCAUAUGAUGAAACCAUUAGCUGUAACACAGAUGCUCAAAUUGUAUGUUCAAGCUUGUUGUCUGCAGAGUUUUCAUCAAAAGAUGCUCCUCUGGGACAUAAGUUGGGAAGUGGGAACUUCAUGCCUGAUGAUGAAACUCAUAGGAUUCAGGACACCAGCAGUUCAUCCACUGUCAAAAAUACUUUGCAUCAGUCUCAUAAAUUAACAGAGGAAACUAGAACUGGACAUAAGACAAGCAGCUCUCCUGGAAUAUCAACCCCGUCCCAUGUUGAGAGAAAUAGGAUAAAUGGAUGUGGCAUUGAUGCUAAGGCCACUUCAGAGAAAGUUGAGUGUUAUGAAGGUGGAUUGUCUUCUGCUAGGGCACCAGCCGACUUGAGCUAUUCAGCUGAAAAGGUUUCAGCUAAAGGAAGCAUUGUUUUUAAAAAACCUCCAUACACUUUGGGGCACACAACUUCUUUAUCGCAAAAAUCGGCUGAGAAAGCAUCAAGAGAAUACCCAUCUCAAGCAAUAGAAAGGCAUGCCUACAUGGAAAAUGAAUCUAGAUGUCCUCAAACAAAUGUUUCACGGGGUCAUGAUGGGAUCUCCAACAUGGAAGAGGCAAAGGUGGCAGGAUCAAAGAAACACUUAAAAGUUCUCAAACAGAAUCUUGUGAGUUUGAUAAAUGACAAUAAGAAAAAUAAGGUGUGUCAGCUGUUGUUUCCUUAUGAGGAUCUUGUGAAGUUUUUUCAUUGCAAAGUCGGGGGCAUAGCUCCCAGGGGGCUUCUUAAUUGUGGAAACAGUUGCUAUGCUAAUGCUGUCCUGCAAUGUCUGACCUACACAAAACCUCUCAUGGUGUACUUGCUUCAGAGGCCGCAUUCAAGAACCUGCCGGGUCAAAGAUUGGUGCCUCAUGUGUGAACUUGAGCAGCAUGUUUCUAUGCUGCGGGAAGGUGGAGGCCCUUCGUCUCCCAGUAGGAUCCUUUCAAACAUGAGGAAUAUUGGCUGUCGUAUGGGUGGUGGUAACCAAGAAGAUGCACAUGAAUUUCUAAGGUUUCUAGUUAUGUCUAUGCAAUCUACAUGCCUUGAGGAAUUUGGUGGUGAGAAGCAAGUAGAUCCAAAAUUGCAAGAGACAACACUAGUACAACAGAUUUUUGGCGGUCGGCUCAAGUCGAAGGUUAAGUGCUUGAGGUGCCAUAUAGAGUCUGAAAGAUAUGAAAAUAUUAUGGAUCUUACACUGGAGAUACAUGGUUGGGUUGAAUCUUUGGAAGAUGCACUCACACAAUUUACAGCUCCUGAGGAUUUAGAUGGAGAGAACAUGUACAGAUGUGGAAGGUGUUCUGCAUAUGUUAACGCCAGAAAGCAGUUGACCAUACAUGAGGUGCCAAACAUCUUAACAAUAGUUCUGAAGAGGUUCCAGACAGGAAACUACGGCAAAAUCAAUAAAUGUGUUACUUUUCCAGACAUGCUGGACAUGAUCCCAUUUGUGACUGGGACUGCUGAUAAUCCUCCCCUGUACAUGUUGUAUGCUGUUGUUGUACAUUUGGAUACCCUGAAUGCAUCAUUCUCUGGGCAUUAUAUAUCUUAUGUCAAAGAUCUGCAAGGAACAUGGUUCAGAAUUGACGAUUCUGAGGUGCAGGCUGUACCGCUGAGUCAAGUUAUGUCUGAAGGUGCAUACAUGCUAUUCUACUCAAGGUCUUUUCCGCGUCCACCAAGAGCUUACAUUGAGAAAGCACCUUUACAAGAUGCAGCAUAUGCAAAGUGUAACCCUUCAAAAACCCAGAAAUCUCCAAAACAUGGGCAACAGAAACAAAGUAAAAGCCAAUUGACCUCAGGAAAUUCAGGAUACAUGCGAAAUGAUUUCAGACCAGAGUAUAGGGAAGGCAUCAUCAAAGAUCAAACAACUGACUACAUGAUACAGUCCUCAAGCGGAAAUAUCCUCCCAACAAGGGGAACAUAUGGAUAUUCAUUGAACGUGGACUUCUCUGAUGCUACAUCUAGCGAUUGGUCUCUUUUUACAAGCUCUGAUGAAUCAUCCUUCACCACCGAGAGUACCAGAGAUUCGUUCAGCACGGUGGAUUAUGGAGAGAAUGCUAACCUUGAUCCCAUUUCUUCUAUAUUCAGCCCCUUCUACGUGCCAGAGUAUUCCUACAGCAAUGGCAUUUCAUGUACAAAGUUCUCGCCUUGUAGGCUGCAGACAAGAUUCUUCUCGGAGAGCAUGGGUUGUGUUAUGGAUUCUUCGAUGCCAAGUCAAUCUCUCGGCGAUGUACAAAGAAUCUGGAACAGCUCCUUGCUUUUUCAACUGAGUCUUUUAUCUUCGGCAAGCAGCUAUAGUCUGUAUGGUCGGAACAGGAGCAAUCAUCCGAAAGAUGAUUUUGUUCGAACUUCUGGAUUUUGUGAUCUGUAGCGGUUAGCUUCUAUCAGUUCUAGUGGAACCCUUUAGCUGUGGUUGCUCCCAAUCUGAGCAUUGGCCAUGCCUCGUAUUUUUUUUAAUUGAGCGAGGUAUGUUCUGAUCUUAAUGCCAUUGUCAUGGGCGAUGGGGCGAGAGCGUAUGUACUUAAUGAAGUAAAUUGGCUAACAUUCUUACUUUCUUUUUUAGAAUUUAGAUAAUGAUCUGAUAUUGGAGUCAAUGCAUGUUGUUGCAUCCAUUCUUGCUCCCAUCCCGUCAUGAGUUUCUUUAACUUUGGCAGUUCCCAGAUUUUGAAUGGUUGGAAGUCCUAUAUUUUCCUCCUUACCAGUAAAACAUUGGUUAGCUUAUUUGCAGUUUCUUCAGAUCUUACAUUUAUUUGUUCUGUAAGUGAUUUUGAGAUAAUUAUAAUAUAGCAAACAAAUUCUGUUUGCUUGAGGCA